AUGAAAAAAGUCGAAUAGGAAUUGUUUAAAUCAGUUGCUAUCAAAGACAUCGUAUAUUUGAAUAUUGAGAGAGGUUUGGUCUAUAUCCCCGGUAAAUAAAUUGACCCUGAUGCUGGAAACAAUGGAGAGAUCUUUAAAGGUUAUAUUGGAUAUAACACUGACAAACAACUAGAAUGUUGUGUUAAGAAGUUCCCAAUUCCAUCUUACAAUGUAAUUCUGAUAAUGUAAAUUUAUAGCAAUCACUAUUUGAUAAAUUAUAUUAAGAGCUAAUAUUUGGGAGAUAAUUGGUGCAUAAAAACAUAGUGAAAUUUUUUGAAUGUUCAUAUAGCAAUAACAAUUUUUAUAUAUUUAUGGAAUAUUGCAAUGGAUAAUCCCUAGCUCAAAAGAUGAGCUUAGGAUAUGAAGAUGACUUAAUGAGUACCAAAAUAUUCCCAGAAGGUAAGCAAGUAAUUAUAUUUUUAGAGUAUGCAUUAAAUAUAAUGCAAUAAGUAAUAGAUGCUCUAAUUUAUAUGAAGUAAUUGAGUUAUGAUGGCAAAUCAGGAGCAGUUCAUAGAGAUAUCAAACCAGAUAACAUAAUGUUCUCAAAUGAUGUUCCAAAGUUAAUAGAUUUUGGAAUGGCUAGGUUUAUGGAUAGACCAACUGUUACACCCUACAAAGGUUCUCCCAUAUAUAUGUCACCUCAAAAUUUAAGACAAGGUUAGUAUGAUUUAGAAAAAAAUGAUGUUUGGGGCAUUGGAAUGAUUUUGUAUUAAUUAGUUGAAGGAGUAUUUCCUUGGAAAACUGAAUUGACUUCUAUAGAAGAUUUGAAAAAAGCACAAGAAUCAAUAAGGAAUAAUAUCAAAUUUUCUAAUAAAGUAUCUACGGGAUUGUAAAAGUUAAUAAGACAUAUGUUGUAAUAUGAAGAAAAAGAUAGAUGUAGUUGGGAGUAAGUAGUAGAGUAUGAUCUAAUGAAACCUUAUUUCUGUCAUUUACAUCGUCCAGAAAUCAAUGAAAUGGAUAGAUUGGUUUAAAAUUAUGAAUUAGUUUUAAAACUUCAAACUGAAUUAAAACUUGAAAAGAUUAAUAAGUAUGUUUUAGAUUUAACUCUAACUAAAACCCAUCAAUUAAAAGAAUUCCUACCCAAAAAUUCAUAAUUAGAUUAAAAAAUCAAUCAAUUAUACUUAUAAAGAAUUCUUUAGAAAAGAAAGUUUCAUAAAUUUAAAAGUGAAACAGCUUUACAAAGAAAACUAUCAUAAAUUUUAGUGAAAUACUUAGAACAAAUGAUUGUUGAUACUAUAGAUGAAGUGUAGCUUGUGAAUUUAAAUUUUAUUUGCCAAAUUGUAAUUUCCUUAUAUAAGAAAGACUUGGAAUUGCAGAAUGAUUUAACAUUAGAUGAUUUGUUACAACUAGCAAGACUUUGAAAUAUCAAUAUAAAAU